AUGGCGUCUUCCACCAUGCCACCUCCUCCCACCCCCUUCGCUCAUCGUCGAACUCCUCGACUCAUCACCAAGCGUCUUUCUCCAUCUCUCCCUGCAGCCGCAGAGUCAUCAGCAUGCAUCUUGCAUAAGAUGUCCCUGUCCAAGGGCGCUACUUUCCACAGCCCAUCCUCGCCGGCCACUGAGGAUGACCCAGUUCUCAGCAUCCCUCACCUGACUCGUCGUUCUCCUACCAGCACUCAGUCCGCCCUCACUAGCUGGCUUUCGGAAAGGGAAGACGUUGCCCAGUCCAUUGCCAACUUCGAGCAAACCUUCUCUGGCGCCCGAGGGAAGAAGACGUCAAGUCGUCGCCGCCCCACGCAGACCUUUGAUCAACAGGUCUGGGUCCGUCGCGUCUCACUACCAUCCGACGAAGGAUUAGGCUCCUCCGUCAGCCCCGCAAGUGAUAAGGUUUUGGCCAACAAGUUCGAAAGAGCCUUGGAUUUGUUGUCGAAUCGGGAUAGUGGACUGGGGACUUCCAUCAGUGACUCAGCAGAGAAGGUCGCUGGACACACCUCUGAAGAAGACCGUCUUGUGCGAGACGCGAUUCAAGGUUGGAUUGCCCGCUGCAUGUUGAUGUGCAAAGACGGUGUUAACGAACCUCCUACAGAAGCUGACUCUCCAGAGCCGACAACUCGCCGCACUAGGCAACGAGGCAGUCACCCCUCAUCUAGGACAUCCAGCACCACCGGCCGAUCUGCGGUGACCCGAAGCAUCGCUCCUCCAGCCUCCCGACCUACUCUUCGUCAUCCCGUAUUGAGCCCCUCCGGUCGCAGAAAGAUCAAGGAGUAUAUAAUCACACCCAUCCUCCACGAGGAACGCUUCGAAGACUUUCAUCCUCUCGUCACUGCUCUCGCCGCCAAGAACAACAAGGCAGUCCGAUGCCUGCGUGACCUUGAGCAGUCCCUCAUCUUCCAACCACUGACACUUGCUAUUUCACGACAACUGUAUCGUGCUUUUGGCGAGUUUACUAUCCAACUUGUUGUCGAUACAUAUCAACAUCUCGCCGAAUCAGAACAACGUCGUGCCGCUGAUCGUCCUUACGACAACGGCUACUUCCUCGACUUGGUCCAACAAGUCAACCGCCUCGCAGCCCACAUCGGCUCUUCCAGCCGCGAUCAGCAGGCGGGUACUGCUGAGCAGGACGACGAUAUGGCUUACUCCAUCGAUGACGAGGUCACCCUUGAGGGUGGCCUCGGAGAGACUGGCAAUGAGGCCGAGCUUGUCCGUUGGAAGAACGGCAAAGGCUACUCUCUCAGGACUGGUCUACCCUACACACCGACACCUGGAGUUAAGAGAGCAAGUAGUGAUGCUCUUGAUGAAGAUGUUGCAAGGUCUAUGGCUCGCAGAAAGAAGGGCUACAUCCCAGAAAUAGUUGAGAUGAAGUGCUCAGACCCUACAUGCGACAAGAUCUUCAACCGGAAGUGUGAUCUGGCGAAACACGAGAAGACCCAUUCUCGUCCUUUCAAAUGUCCCGAGGAGAGUUGCAAGUACCACGAGCUUGGCCUUCCGACCGAGAAGGAGCGUGAGCGCCACGUCAAUGACCGUCACUCCAAGAAUCCUCUCUUCUACAAGUGCGAGUUCUGUGAGUUCCGGACCAAGCGCGAGAGCAACUGCAAACAACACCAAGAAAAGAAGCACGGAUGGCACUAUGAACGUGCGAAGGGCAAAGACAAGGUUGUCACCAAGAUGACCCCAGCCCAGACUCCUCGCACUCCCAGCAUGGAUUACUCUCCUAGCCCGGCCGUCUCUGUUAGAACCUGGGAUGAUGCAAGUUCCAUUGCUGGAAGCGUUGCCGGAAGCAUGCCAGGCAGCAACGCGAUGACUCCUUUCGAGCAGCCCCUCACCGGCUUCGACACCUUCAAUCCCACCCCAGUGACAUAUUCGAACCCAAUCUUCCCACGGACCAACCCGUCCUCAGCCUCAUCCUACAACCGACUGGGAGAGGAUUUCGACUUCAACGCCCCGACUUUCCAGAACGCGUACCCGCCAGCUCAGUAUCCUAACAUGAUGACAACGCCGAUCACACCCGCCUAUAGCAACAUUACCGAGCCGUCUCCCUACAACGGGGCGAUGGACAUCACGUUGGACUGCAACAACCAACCCUCUUGGAACCAAGGUCUGCCAACGCCGGACUCUUACUUCCAACCAAACUCUCGCAACCCGUCGAUUUCCGAGCACUCUCCAAUGGUUGCUGGACCUUCCGGGCAGUCAUUCAACGAUGCGCCUCUAUUCAGCGCCGAUACGGACUUCCCCCCGAACGAUUUCUCACUGUUCGGAGGCGAGAGCAGCAGGGCCUUCUCCAAUCCUGCUGCAGCCACUGCAACCUUGUUCCCCGGCGGUCCCGAAGCUUUUGCUAGCCUCGACAACGACCCCAUGUUCGACCCAGCCUGGAAUGACAGCGACUUCAUCGAUUACGACAUGAGCAACUAG